AUGAAUUUCUCUUCGGAUUCCCGCUAUUUGGCCUCUUCCUACAGGAAGAUAUUCGGGGAGCCGCCCCGCUACACCUCCCGUCUGGGCAGUUCGGCCACAGCCAGCAGUUACCGGUCUCAAUCGGUAUCCCGCUGUAGCAACCGCGCCGUCUCGUAUCGCCUGACACAGGCAGACACCUUGGAUCUCAGUCAGGCAACGGCGCUGAAUGACGAAUUUCGGCUGACCCGCACCAAUGAGAAGGAGCAGCUGCAGGGACUCAACGACCGCUUCGCCGGCUACAUCGAGAAAGUGAGGCAGCUGGAGCAGCACAAUCGCCUCCUGGAGACCGAGCUGAGCGCACUGCGGCAGCGUCACGCCGAGCCCAGCGGCCUGGCCGAGCUGUUUCAGAACGAGCUCCGCGAGCUGAGAGCCCAGCUGGACGAGACAGAGGCCGCCCGGGCACAGGGGGCGCUCGAAAGGGAGCGGUUGGCCGAGGAAGUGCAGCGCUUACGGGCGCACUGCGAGGAGGAGGCCCGAGCCAAGGCGGAGGCCGAGCAGGUGUUGCGCGCGCAGCAGCGGGAGGUGGAUGGCGCCACCUUGACGCGCAUGGCUCUGGAGAAGAAGGUGGAGGCGUUGCUCGACGAGCUGGCCUUCCUGCGCAAGGUCCACGCCGAGGAGGUGGCCGAGCUGAGCGUCUCCUUGCAGCCAACCCAGCUGGCUGCCAUCGAGCCUGACGCCCCCAAGGCCGAUCUGACUGCGGCGCUGAAGGAGCUACGCUCGCAGUACGAAGGGUUGGCCGCCAAGAACCUGCAGGCGGCCGACGAGUGGUACCGUGCCAAGUUCGCCAACCUCAGCGAGCAGGCGGCGCGCAACAACGAGGCCAUCCGAGUCAGCCGCGAGGAGAUCGGCGAGUAUCGCCGCCAGCUGCAAGCCCGCACUUUAGAGGUAGAGAGCUUGCGCGGAGCCAACGAAUCCCUGGAGCGGCAGCUAAAUGAGAUGGAGGAGCGGCAUAACGCCGAGGCGCUCGGCUUACAGGAUACCAUUAGCCAGUUAGAAAGUGAUUUGAGAGACACAAAGAGUGAAAUGGCUCGGCAUCUGAGAGAAUACCAAGAUUUACUGAAUGUCAAAAUGGCCUUGGAUAUAGAGAUAGCAGCAUACAGGAAGUUGUUGGAGGGUGAAGAGACGCGGUUUAGCACUUCAAGCAUGAGCAUCUCAUCUCUGAAUCCCCUUUCCAACCCUACUUACUCUUUCCAACCCAGGCUCUUUGGUUCGUCUGUAGCCAGCAGCUCUAAAAUGUCAUCCUCUUUCUAUUUUAAGAAAGAUGAGAAAGAGGAAGUUAAAUUAGCCUCAAAAAUUUCAUCAAGCCAGGCAGAAGACCCGUUUACUGAAAUGACAGAGGAAACUGUAACAUCCAUUAAAAAGUGAAAGAACAAAUUUGGAAGAAGGAAAUACUAUCAAUCAAAAAAUGUAAUCCCUGACCUUAAAUACAGAUACACACAUAAUAAUAUAGCUUAAGUCUUUAAAUUGCCUAUACCUGAAUUAAGGUACUUACCCAGCUAACAUCAAUUUAACUUUCUAAUGUUUCACAGUAGAUUACUUCAAUAGAAACAUUCUGUUCAAUACUAUCAGAAACACAGAGGCUCAAAAAUUAAUUUAGAAAUAUUCUAGUAAAUCUUGUUCUCCAAUUGCAUUGCUGUAAGGCAGACAUUUCUUCCAAUUGCUGAAUUAAAGAGAAAAUGAGCAUGUGCUAACAUACAUGCACACACACACUCUUAUUAAAUCAUGUUUCUGAUUUAUUUCUGCUGAGCACAACUUUCCAGUUGGGCAAAAUCUAGCAACUGAAUCACAUUAGUAAAAUGAAGAUUAAUCCUUAUUGUCUGCAUUGUGAAAUAAAAAAACCUGACAGAUAAUUCAAUUAUUUUCCAGAUAAUGAACUUUACUUCAUUUUAGUUCUUCUGGAUCACAGAGGUAAACAAUACAAAUACUUAUUUUACUUUGUGGUCUAUGCACGUUACAAGGAAAUACAAAAUUAUCUAGGAAUGUUAGGUAGAAAAUAUGAACAAGGUUUAGGAAGAUGAACAUCCCCAUGAUAAACUUGCUGUAUCACUGCACAAAAGAAAUGCUAUUAGCCCAUUGUUGAGACACAUAAUACAUUUUUUGAUGUCUAAGAUUAUUCACAACUAUUUUUAAUAUGCCCAUCUUUAAAAAAUCUACAUGCUGUAUUCAAAUUAUUAGGAGUCUUAGGAUUCAACUGUUAGUUGAAUGCAUGUUUUUGACCAUCUCUGUGGUUAUCUAAUAAGUCACUGUACUGUCCAUUUUACCUUGUGCCACAUUAGUAGCCAGCAAUUUGAAAAGUUGUUGCUUAGAAUAAAUAGUGCCAGCUAUU